GCAACCGAGGCUGCACUGGUCGCGCCGUAGAGGCGGGGUGUAUCAAGCCGCCACAUGUUUCACGAGCCAAGACAAACAUGUUACAGGCUGCCUGUAAAAAGGGUUGAUGGUGUCGUGUCCGCGCACAAGCAAGCGGAGGAGUGUCAGCGCUUUCCUGAGCCAGGUGUUUGGCGGACGUAAAGACAUGGACUCCUUUAAAAAGGAGCUGGAAGAGGAGCUUAAACUGAAUACAGAGGACAUCAGGAGCCAUGCCUGGUACCAUGGUGAACUACACAGAGAGGAUGCGGAGGGAUUGCUGGAGCGGGAUGGGGACUUCCUGAUCCGAGACUCGCGCACCUGUUCCCGUGACUACGUGCUUACCU